AUGACAAGCAUGGACUAUCUGCCUGAUUUAUCAGAUGAUGAAGAAAAUUUAAUUCAAAAGAGGAGGAAGAAAGUAUUGAUUUCUGAUCAAGAAAUAUUAAUGAUGCUCAGGAGCUUUCAGUUGCAUCCGUGUUCGUGGAAAAACAUUAUAGCAGAUAUGAAAGAAAAUCUUCUCCAGCUGCCUGCUGACGCUCAAGGAAUAUACAAGAAUUGCACGUUCAAACAACUAAAGGAUCGCCUGAGCACCAAAUUAUCAAAAUUAAUGGUGAUGGUAGAUACCAACAUAGAAAACGCAGCCAUAAGAUCAGAAAUUCAGAAAAUCAAAAAAAUGGAAAAGGGGUUGACUCUUCCAAGAUCACACAAUAAAAGUGAAAACCCGAAAAAAGAUAUCAGAGCAGAAGUUGUAUCUACUAUCUCUUCUGGAUCAGAUGAAGAUACAGAGAUGCCUACGUCGUCAUCCGGUGUGAAAGAAUCCCGUAAGAGGAAAGCAGGGAAGCCUGAAGGGAAUCCUUCAAAAAAGAAACCAUUGAUGGAUCUUGUUCGUGAGAAUCACCUUGCAUACAAUACAUUUAUUACCAAAAAAGUACCAAAACUUCUAAAAGCUCUAGGAGUGAGUUCUGACUCUGAUGAUAAUUAA